AUGGUGAAGCGGAAGCCUUGUUCCAGCGGAGCCAGAAGCCCCCGCGGAAGCCGGGCCCUUUCCAGGACGGUGGCGCCGAGGCCGCUGCCGUGGCGGCGGCGGGAGCAUCCUCACCCGCAUAUUAAAAUGGCUGUACCUAAAGAUGCCAUCCCUCCCUUGUCGGAAUGCCAGUGCGGGAUCUGCAUGGAAAUCUUCAUGGAGCCGGUCACGCUGCCCUGUAACCACACGCUCUGUAAUGCAUGCUUCCAGUCCACUGUGGAGAAGGCGAACCUGUGCUGCCCCUUCUGUCGUCGUCGGGUGUCUUCGUGGACCCGGUAUCAUACUCGUAGAAAUUCUCUCAUCAAUAAGGAGCUGUGGGAGAUAAUUCAGAAACACUACCCAAAGGAAUGCAAACUUAGAGUCUCUGGGCAAGAAUUAGAAGAAACUGUUGAUGACUAUCAGCCAGUUCACCUGUUAAGUAAACCUGGAGAAUUGAGAAGAGAAUAUGAAGAGGAGAUAAGCAAGGUGGAGGCAGAGCGACGGGCCAGUGAGGAAGAAGAAAACAAAGCCAGUGAAGAGUACAUACAGAGAUUAUUGGCAGAGGAGGAGGAAGAAGAAAAGAGACAGGCAGAAAAAAGGAAAAGAGAAAUGGAAGAACAGCUAAAACGUGAUGAAGAACUGGCAAGAAAGCUAAGCAUUAAUAUUAACAACUUCUGUGAGAAAAAAGUCUUUGCUUCUCCCAAGAAUUCCAGAAAAUCUGAUCCAGUCACAAGCAAGUUGCAAAAGAAAAGUAAAAAUAAACAAACAAAUACAGGAGAUAUUCAGAAGUAUUUGUCACCUAAAUCUAAGUUUGGGUCAGCAUCACAGUCUGAAGCUGUACAAGAAGGCAAAAGAAACUCCAUGACUAAGGAAACUGACAGCAAUGUGAAAAGCCCUCUGUGGCAAGACACAGACGUGGAGGAAGAUAUGCCAACACUUUCUCCACAAAUAAGCUUUGAAGUUCAAGAACAAGGUGCAAAGUCUUCAAUAGAGUCACCUAUGCCUCAGUUAUGUGCCAGUGAUACAGAAUGGUGCCUUGAAGAAGUCAAAAUGAGAACAAACAAUCAUGAUAAAGAAUUAAGUGCCAUAAAUCAUGAGAGACCUGAAGCCAGACUCCCCUACUCUAGAGAAGCUGCAGUUAAGCCUUGUGGCAAAACAGAGAGUGGAUGUGCUCUAUCAUAUAUGACACAGAUAAUUGGAAAUAACACAGUUGAGACAGAAAAUGAGGAGUCUUGCCUACUGAUCAGUGAAGAAGAUAUUUGCAAAAGAAAAAAUCAGGAGUCCUCUUCUGAAGCAGUCAGGGAUCCACGCUUUUCUGCAAAAAGAAGGAAAAUGCCCUCCGAAUCUUCCUCAGACCAAGAGGAAGCAGAAACCAGCUUUACUCAAAAACUGUUAGAUUUGGAACAGCUGCUUUUUGAGAGACGCAAGCAAGAAGAACAGGACAGGUUAUUAGCACUACAGAUUCAAAAGGAGGUGGACAAAGAACAAAUGAAGCCGAACCGACAGAAAGGGUCCCCAGAUGGAUAUCAUUUACGUUCGACGCCCUCACCUCCAGACAAAUUGCUAAAUGGACAAAGGAAGAAAUCUAAAAAUAGGACUGUAAAAGGACAAGCUGAUAUAGAGCAUUCAAAACCUCAAAGAGGCCCAAAAACUGAAAAUUGCCAACUUUCUUUUAAGACCCAGUUGAGACAUUCAGUUAAUGUUAAUGGAAGAGAGAUGCCAAAUUCUGCUAGAGAUCGUUGUAAUGUAUCUAAAAGUGUUGAUUCCCUACAGCCUAGUAAGUCACAGAAGAGUAUUUUUCAGAUGUUUCAGAGAUACACAAAGUAA